CUGAUUUGUCGAGCGUGGUGCGUCACGUGACCAGCUUAACGGCGCGGCGUCGGUAGUUCGUAACAGUUUCGAAGAAGGAAAAUUCGUGCACAAUCAAGAUAACACGGUGGCAUUGUACAAAAGAACGACGAGGAGAUAUCAGGGUAAUUUCAUAGAGAACAAUUCGUGCGGCAGCUUCAUCGUACCAAGUCCAAUUAACGAGAACAUUUUUCAAGGCCUAUCCAGCCGCAGUAUCGCAUUUCGGAUACGUCGCGAGAACGCUAUAAACCAGCGAACGAAACGAUCGCCCCUGUUUCUCGUUUCUUUGUCACCCUUCUCUUUUGCCACCACCCUUACAACCGUCACCACCGCCACGACACGAACGAACCUUGUUGCCGACAUUCGGAUUCGCCAUUAAACAUGGCCGUGGCUUAUCUUAAUGGACAUCUAGCUGCUUCCUUGGAUCCUGCGACGCGAUACACCGGCAAUCUUUUGCGACGAGCAACGUCCCUUCAUCCUGGAUAAUCGAUGACCAACGAGGACGUUUUCACGACGAGUUGCUGGAUCAAUCGGACUUUCCUGAUCGCUUCCACGGUUCCCAGUGAUCAUCCAUGCUGUUCGUCCAGCAGCGAGCUGUUGCCACGAUAAGAAGUUCACGGCUCGAGAAGAUUGCAAAACGACGCGUAUAGAAAAGGUGGCGUCAUUAUCCAAAAGGGCAGCCAUCGGCCAACAGCGUCGCCGGGGUUGCGGUUAAUCCAGUCCAGUUGGUCGCGGUCGUGGUCGUGGUCGCGGCGCUGGUCGCGGCAGGUCGUAGAGUUUGCUAUGUCGCGGGAGGAGAAGAGAUGAAACGAAGGAGGACCAGGAAGCAGAUCGGAGGAGGAUGAGGUGGAAGAGGGUAGAGGAAGAGCAGAGGAGCGGGCAAGCGCAAGCGCCCAUCCGAUCGAUGCCCGUCUCCCUCUCGUAUAAAGCGCUCGUCCUCGGGGGGCGCGCGACAGUUGGCGUUCCGCAUUCGGAACAUGCGCCGCGUCGCGGGUACACCGUGUCCACCGUUUUCACCGUUUUCAUCGUUUCAUCGAGUCCUUUGCUUCUUAAUAACUAGCUCGAGGAUAAACAUCGAUUCAGUCGAGGACCGGUCUGCUUAAUCGCUUAGAUCGACGAACAGCACUCGCGUUGAUCUUUGUUUCGAAACGACGACAAUAAUAAAUCUCGGGAUUCGUAGGAACAGGACGAGCUCGUCAGUACGAGCUCUGCCUUUGAAUGAAUCAGACGUUGUUUACUCGUCGCCCGCUAUUAAGUGACCGCGCGCGUAUUCGUUGGUGAUUCGAAAGGGGAACGGAAGGAGAUCGAGGAGUGAAAUCGUUUCGGAUAAGUGUCGCGAUUCGGAAGCUUCUCCUGGAUUCAGUCUACCGGAGGAAGUUGCAAGAAGGAAGCUGCGCGGUACCAAGUAAAAUUCACGGACGGAUCUGCGAAAGAUCCAACGCCUGUAGCACGGAUGUCGAGGUCUGACCUCGCGACGACCCAGAAACAAACACGCCACGGGAUCGGUGCGCGUUCUCGCGUCAUCUUCGAGGAAUAGAAGUAGUGUCGUCCGCGACCAUUCGGUCCAAUCGUUCGUUCGACGUCGUGCGUCACGCUCGACGAAGCUUCGGCUUGAUUACUGGCUCGUUUCUCGCGACGUGCCAGCGACAUUCGUCCCGGACGAGAUACAUCCGGACAGACGUCAGAGCGGCGGUCGCUGGACCGUCCAGCGGACGUCUCGACCGCCGUACGGCGAGCUGCUGGAGCCAGGAGGUGGAGAAGGAGGGGCUGUGGAGGUGGUGGAGGAGGAAGGCCCGCGGACGUGCAACAAGUUAAGAGGCCGCCGCCGCUACCGUCGACAUCGCUGCCGCCGCCACCGUCCUCGCCACGAUGUGACAUGGAUAUCCUAGCCGUAGCCUGCGCCCUCGUCGCCACGGCCCUCUACUGCAACACCCUGCAAGCGGGUUUCGUCUACGAUGAUCGAAGGGCUAUCCUGACGAAUCCAGACCUUUUAUCCAGCACACCGUGGUCCCGGUUGCUGGAGAACGAUUUCUGGGGUACACCCCUGAACGAUCGAGGCUCCCACGGUAGUUAUCGACCUCUUUGCGUCGCGACGUUUCGAUUGAAUCAUCUUCUGGGUGGGCUGGAACCGUGGGGUUACCAUUUGGUGAACGUCGCUAUCCACGCCGCCUGCACCGUGCUCGUGGUCAAGGUGGCCAGAAAGGUUCUACCAGGAAGAAACAACCUGGGGCACGCGAUCACCGGCUUCCUGUUCGCGGUGCAUCCGAUUCAUAGCGAGGCUGUAGCCGGUAUAGUUGGUCGUGCCGACUUGCUCGCUUGCUUAUUAACCUUGUCGGCAUUCUUGGCGUAUUGCGCCCACUGCGAACAGACCAGAUCACCGUUUCCUCUCUUCUUGGCCAUCGUCUCCUCGACCCUGGCCACGCUAGCCAAAGAGACCGGGAUAUCCUCUUUAGCCCUGUGUCUCCUCUGGGAAUUGUGUCGCGGCGAGUCGAAUAGAAAGGCGAAUUGCGGGCUGACCCGUAGCCGUAGCAUCGGUAUUCUUUCCGGAAGUCUGGCCCUGUUGGUCCUCGGCAGGCUGAGGAUAACCGGCACGAGGCCAGAGUUCGCAAGCGCGGACAAUCCGACCGCCAGACAUCCCUCUCGUCUGACCCGUGGUCUGACGUUUCUCUACUUGCCCGCAGCUAGCGCGAGGAUGUUACUUUGCCCCAGCACAUUAAGUUUCGACUGGUCGAUGGACGCGGUGCCGCGAAUAACGAGUUUCAUGGACGCCAGGAACCUCGAGUCGGUCUGUUUGUACACAGCACUGAUCACCACCUCUGUCUGGGCUAUCAGGACACUUCGUCGACCUGUCAGGGAGUCGUCGUGGAGCCUGGUGCAAGCGUACCCUCGCUCGGCUUCGUCCAGGUGUCCCGUGUGCGCAGGCAGACGAACAGGCGGUUGUCACACGGACGGUUGUCGAGCCGCGAACAACAACAACAACGGUCCUUUCGGCGAUUGUCAUUGCGCCAAGAGGGCCAACAGUGGAUCGUCGAUGAGCUGGAGCAACGGUUUCGUUAGUAGACGAACGGCAGCAACCAGCGUCGCAGCCUCGCUCGGUUUCCUCGUGCUUCCCUUCCUACCGGCUAGCAAUCUCUUCUUCUACGUUGGCUUUGUAAUAGCCGAGAGGAUCCUUUAUUUACCGAGCGUCGGUGCCUGUCUGAUCGUUGGGGCUGCCAUUUCCGGAUGUUAUCGGAUAGCGAGAAGAACCGGAUCGAGAAGAAGGGGAAGACUGGUGUUGCUGGCCACCGUUGUAUUAUUGUGUUUAAUGUCGGCGAAGACGUUGUUGAGGAACGCCGACUGGUACGACGAGGAGAGCCUCUACAGGUCUGCCCUGCACGUCAACCCGCCGAAGGCUUAUGGUAAUUUGGGCAGCGUGCUGAGCGCCCAGGGACGUGUCGCCGAGGCAGAGGAAGCGUUCGUCCAGGCGCUUCGCUAUCGACCGAACAUGGCGGACGUGCACUACAAUCUGGGAAUCUUACAGCAGGGCAGGAAAAAUUACGAGGAGGCGAUUCUGAGUUAUCAGCGAGCAAUCCAUUUCCGACCGUCGUUAGCCCAGGCUUACGUGAAUCUGGGCGCGGCUCUGGCGUCGGUCGGACGUGGAACGGAAGCGGCUGCGGUUUUGCGGGCCGGCGCAUCCUUGGACGGGUCCGGUCUCAAGGACAAAAGGGCUCACGAAGCCGCCAGAGUGCAGGCCCUGCUUCAAUUAGGCGUUCUCUACGCCGAUCAGGGUAGAUUACAAAGGGCCCUCUCUGCUUACAGGGAAGCACUCGACGCUUUGCCGGAUCACUAUCCACCUCAGAGCGUUUACAAUCUGCUGGGAGAAACUCUAUCGAGGCUGCAACAGUACGCGGAGGCAGAAAGGUGGUUCCAGGCAAGUUUGGCCAGCCAGCCUGACCACGUGCCGGCCCACAUCACUUACGGGAAACUUUUGGCCCGAAACUCGAGCCGUGUGCUGGAGGCUGAAAGAUGGUUCCUCAGAGCCCGUAGAUUAGCACCAGACGACUCGAGUGUGCAUCAUCAUUACGGACUGUUCCUGACGUCGCAGGGUCGACUGUCGGAAGCAGCGGAAGAGCAGCUUCGCGCGGCGGAACUUUCCAGAUCCGAUUACGAGCUGUCGAUGGCGGCAGCGUCCGCGCUGCGCCAAGCGGACCGCCUCGAUGAGGCCGAGGUGUGGUACAGACACGCGGCCAGGCUGAGGCCUCACGAGGCACGAAGUCACACGAAUCUCGGCGCGAUUCUUCACUUGAACGGGAAAUACAAGCAAGCCGCGGCGGCGUACAGCGAAGCGUUGAGGUUGCAACCCGGUGACGCAACGACGAUCAUGAACCUGCACAAAUUGGCGGCCAUUUUGGCGUGACCUCGUGACACGAUGACGUGGUCGAGAGACAGCAACGAGAGUGACGAGUGUGUGUAUAAUAAGAGCCAAGGAAAGACCCUCUACCGACUCGCCGUAAUCCCUGACCCCAUCACGUCUCCCCGAUCUUCCUCCCGAUAUUCGUUUAUAUCCGUCGACCGGCGCGACAAUGUCAUGGGACAGAUGUAUCCUGGCACCUUGACGCGCCGUCGACUCGUAUCGCCUGCUAUGAGCAACACACCUCUCCUGUCCUUUGCUUCCUGUUACCACCUUCAUUGCCAUGGACAGUCAUCGAUGUUUGGUAACUGGAUGUCACAAAUGUGUAAUAUUCUCAGAUAUUAAAAGAGGCAAAGUGGAGUUUGAUAGUAGGAACGAUUAAGGCUCGAGGUGAAAUGUCAAAAGGUUCCGAUUGAAUGGAAAGUCGCUGAGGGAUCGAGGCGGGGACACGGGAAACGAAGGUAAGUAAUAUAAUCGUGAAAAGUUGAACAAACAGCGGAAAGGGUCCGUCGAGCAAUCACGAUAGAAGAGCUUUUAAAUUCGCGAGGAAUGGCUUCUUGAACUUUCCUCAAGGUAGCCAUGAAUCACCUGCGAACGGUCAACUCUCCACCUCUGUUCUGUUCGAAAGAAAAACGCCGAGGGCGCUCGAGCCGUUUGACCCUGAUUUCUCGGUUAAGCUGGAACAGCGUCGUGUUACGGGGCGUUUCGCGCGAAUUUUCUCACACCAGGGCAAAGUCGGUGAAGCUCCAUUAAUAUCGAAUCUAUUUGCACGACGGCACCGACUGGAAUAUUUAAGUUUACACUUUAAAUCACACCCCCGAGCGAGUGGCUGUUACGCGGUAGCUCGACAAGGAUAAAGAAGAACACAGAAGAAAAAGACGGAUGAAGGUAAUACCGCGAGAAAGAGAGAUAACGGAAGCCGAACGAGAGACGGAGAACGGUAGAGAGAAACGAGGAGGAAGAGAGAAAAUAGGAAAAGGUAAGAGAGAACGAACCCACCUGUCGCUCCCGUUGGGGUGACAGUCUCACGACAAACACUCGACAGGUGCCGCACCGGUUACCUACCUUUAUUCCCCGCGAAGAACUCGCUUCGUUAUCUUUAAAGCGGAACUCGUCGACUCGUCAGGGACGAAGGAGUGCUUCGUUUAGUUGUUUCGGUCCGAACCAGGUCGCGUGCCAUUUCGUUUCCACCUUUUACAAACUCUCCGCAACUUUUACUCUACCUUUUUCCACCAUUCUUCGGUCUACUGCAUUCUUCCCGAACUGUGAUCCCUCGUUAACCCUUAUUUGAAUCACGACAGUUCCAAUCUUUAAUACGAAUCUUUAAUACGCGUUAAUAGAAUUAUUUGAAAAAUUCUCGAAACUCUUAACAAUUCUGCUCCCAAAUCAGCCCUUGUCUGGUUAGCGGUUUGUUGCUUUCGAUUAUUGUAAGUGGCUUCGAAAGUCGGACAAAAGAAACGACAAUCGUCGAAGAGAGUUACUUUCCUUUCGAAAUAAAAGACUUCUCCACCCUGUCUCGCUUGCCAGCAUCCGUUUCUUGCUGGUCGCUCGAGUCACGAUACUCCCUUAGCUAACCCCUCGGCAUGCUUCUUCUCUAAAUGUCAUUGAUUUUUAGCGGCGAACCCGUCGGUAAGACAAUUUAGGAUGGAACGUCUCGUGCUCCCUCGCCCUUUUUAUUCCCACAACCUUCUACUUGUCCUCGCUUCUUGCUAUCGUGCAACCUUUUUCCAUCCCCUUGUCGUGCCACGUCGUUGUUUCUUCCCUCGACACGCCUUCGCCAGCUAGACCGACGUAUACCCACUUUGCUUACAGAUUAAACGUAUCCUCCUUUCCUUU